UGAGCUCACAUAAAAAAUCAACUUUUGGCAGGUGCAAUACCACAAGAAUUGGGAAAACUUGAUAUGUUGGAGCAUUUGGAAUUAGGAUAUGCUAACUUAAGUGGGUCCAUACCAGUGGGAAUCUUCAACAUUUCUUCAUUAAAAUAUAUUUCACUUUUAGACAAUAAACUUGUGGGCACCCUUCCUACAAGCAUUGGGCGUGCUCUACCAGAUCUACAAGGACUCUAUCUUGAGGGCAAUUUGCUUUCUGGAGUGAUACCUGAUUCUAUCUCAAAUUUUUCCAAAAUUACUGUCCUAUGCAUUGGCAAUAACAGAUUCAACGGCUCAUUACCCAAUUCUCUUGGUAACCUAAGGAACCUAGAACGAGUACAUGCAUUCAAUAACAUGUUCACAAACGAUGCAGCCUCACCAGAGCUAAGUAUCAUCAACUCCUUGGUUAAUUGCAAGUCUUUGAUUGAAAUACGCUUAGAUGAUAACCCUCUACAUGCUGCCCUUCCUGCAUCAGUGGGAAACCUUUCAUCAUCUCUUAUAUUUCUCUCAUUCAUGGGUUGUGGAUUAAAGGGUAUCAUUCCAAGUCAACUGGGCAACUUAAGUAGCUUGAUUGACUUAUAUCUGCAAGGGAAUGAGUUGAAUGGGCUUAUUCCACCAAUGUUAGGUAGGGCACAAAAGCUUCAAAGGUUGCAUCUUGAUAAAAACAAAUUAGGUGGCCCCAUUCCUCAUACCCUUUGUGAACUCCAGUUUCUAGGUGAAUUGGAAUUGAGCAAUAAUCAAGUGUCAGGUAGUUUACCAACUUGUUUUGGUAAUAGCACUUCCCUUAGAAGUAUCUUGCUAGGUUCAAAUCGUUUGUCUUCUGGGAUAUCUUCAAGUUGGUGUUCUCUCAAAGAUUUGUUGGUGCUUGAUUUGAGUUCUAAUUUUCUAGAUGGACCUCUACCCGUUGAAGUUAAUGGUUUAAAGGCACUUUAUUUUCUUGACUUGUCCAACAAUAUGAUCUCGGGGAAUAUCCCUAGCACUAUUGCACAAUUGCAGGGUUUGAAAACUCUUUCCCUUGCGCACAAUAGACUAGAAGGAAAUAUUCCAGAGAAAAUAAGUCAAAUUGUUUCGUUGGAAUACUUAGACUUAUCGUUGAACAAACUCUCUGGCUCAAUUCCAGUGUCUUUGGAAGGACUUGCAUACCUCAAAUACUUCAAUGUGUCAUUCAAUGAACUGAGCGGUGAAAUUCCAUCAAGCGGUUGUUUCAAAAAUCUCACAAGUGCAUCAUUCAUGUCUAAUGAAGGGUUAUGUGGAAUUCCAAGCUUUCAUGUCUCACCUUGCCAUUCUACCCACCAUUCAAAGAUUUAUAAAGUAAUUCUCGUUGCACUUGCAUCUUUAGGAGUUGUACUGAUGAUUACUUUUGUAAUUAUUGCACUUAUCCUUAGAAAGAAACAAAAGAAAAGUACAGUUCCAAGUACAAAGGAUAUACACACCCCAUGGAUUUCUUAUGCUGAACUUUCAAGGGCUACUUGUGGCUUUAGCCAAAAUAAUCUCAUAGGUUCAGGGAGCAUUGGCGUAGUUUAUAAAGGGAUUCUGGAUGACAAGACGCUUGUAGCAGUGAAGGUGUUUAAUCAAUCGGAUGUUGGAUUUAAGGGUUUUGAUUCUGAGUGUGAAGUGCUAAAGAAUUUGCGCCAUCGAAACCUUACUAAGGUGAUUACCGGUUGCUUUGUUGACAACUUUAAGGCUUUGAUCCUUGAGUACAUGCCCAAUGGAAGUCUUGACCAAUGGUUGCAUUCACAAAGUAACCUCCUGGAUAUUGUUCAAAGGAUGAAUAUAAUGAUUGAUGUUGCUUAUGCUUUAGAGUAUCUUCAUCAUGGCUACACAACACCUGUGGUUCAUUGUGAUUUAAAGCCCGCUAAUGUGUUAUUAGAUGAUGAAAUGGUUGCCCAUGUAUGUGAUUUUAGCGUGACAAAGUUGUUAACUAAGGAAGAGUGCUUUACGCAAACAGAAACGUUGGCAACAUUGGGUUAUAUGGCCCCAGAGUAUGGGUCGACGGGAAUAGUAUCAACACAAUGCGACAUUUACAGCUUUGGAAUUGUGUUGAUGGAAACAUUUUCAAGAAAAAGGCCCACGGAUGAAGCUUUCGGUGAAGAUAUGAGCUUGAGAAGUUGGAUAAGCAAUUCUUUACCUCAUCAUGUACUUCAAGUUGUAGAUCCCAACUUACUGGGGGAAGAGGAUAUAGACUUCACUGUGAAAUUGCAGUGUGUAUCCUCUAUAUUGGAAUUGGCAUUAAAUUGUGCUAUGGAGUCCCCUGAAAAGCGGUUAAAUAUGACAGAUAUUGUAGCAAAGCUGAAUGGAAUCAAACAUCAAUUUUUACGAGGUGGUUAUGUGACAUCAGUGCAUGAUCAAAGUGCUUAAAGUUAGAUGAGGAAAUGAAAGUUGGCUAUAGCCCCUAGCCAUGGGAAGAGCAUAAAGCAUUAUGUAUGAGUAUCUUAACACGAAGACAGCUUGAACAAAAAACUUUCUACCGUGUUUGAGAAGUCGGAAAAGUUAAGAGCCUAAAUUUUUAAUUGUUAUAUGUUUUGUUUUGUUCCGACUGUACAUUUAUUAUUUAUAUACAUUAUAUUCAACAUCAGAGUGUUGCUUUUUAUCCAUGUAGUAAACAUUUAUUUUAAAGACUUUAUCAAA